AUGCCGUCCCUCCGGUUUACAAUAUCAACUACUAUGUCUGUCAUUUGGCUGACAGCACUGGUUUAUGAUGUCCAGCACCAACCCCGUCUUGGUCAUAACUGGUACAUCUACAAACUGGUCAUGCUCACCAAUCUCAACUUUGUUAGUUGAUUUUCCGUCCAAAAUGAGUCGAUAUUACAUUUUUCCAGGUUUUGGACGCAAUUUUCUCGGUUUUAGUGGUGCUUGGCUUCAAAAGUCGCAGGUUGCAGAGGAUAGCAGAUUUCAUGCACUUCACGUCAAUUUUUCCAGUCGCAAUUGUAAGUGACAUGAUUUUUGAAAGUUCAUCAGUGCGUGAGGCUUCUUGUGAGAAAUGCAUGUGCGAUCAAACUAGAAAUUCGAGAUUAGAAGAACAGUAAGUCAGUUCAUCCUUACAACUGAUGGAAUAUUGGUUCUGAAAACGAGUUCGAUGUUAUACAACUUUAUCAGAAUUUGACCACUCUUUGGAAAUGUCCAUCAAAAAGUAACUUUUACACAUUUUGAUCUCAACUUUCAGGUAACAUGUGGUUUGUUCUGGGGUCUGUAUGCCAUUGACCCGGAACUAGUAAUGCCUGACUGGAUUGCCAAGCUCAUUCCUCCCUGGCUCAACCAUAUCACCCACACCUACCCCAUCAUUUUCAUUCUUUUGGAUAGUUUCUUUCAUAAAAGGUGAGUUUCCACUUAUUUCUCUCUCUCUCUCUCUCUCUCUCAAUGAAAAAUGUUGCAGAACAACUCCGAGCAAUAUGUCCUGUUGGCAGACAUCCGCUACACUUGUCUUCAUUUACUUCAUGAUGUGAGUUUUUCUGUCUGAAAACUCAUCAAAACCAACAAUAAUCUCUGAUUUAGCAUUGGAUAUGUCCGAUUUAACGAUGGCUACUGGUUGUACCCACUUCUCGCACUAUUCUCGCUCCAACAUUUCGUUAUCAGCUACGUGCUCGCAUUUUUCGGGUUUUUCUUGUUGACUCGUUUGGCUUGUUUGCUGAACACCGUAUUCCGUGAGUUAUUAGAGUUUCAGAUUCCAAUUUUAACCCGCAAGAAAAGUUUUCUUACAGACCGAGAAAACUUGAAGCAAAAAAGUCAAGGAAUGAUUGGAAGUGAAUCAAAUCCACGUCGAAGACUAAAGAAGCGUAAUUAG